AUGGCAAAGACAAAGGUGGACGCAGGAGUCCAGAAUAGAAUCAUCUAUUCUAGAGCGUCUUAUCUCUACCAAGCGGCGAAUUAUCUGACGAGCUGCGCAAACGCAAUUCGAGAUGCUCCAUGCACAUCAGACGCAAAGCAAAGUGCUUCGGCAAAUAUGGACAAACAAUACAAAGCAAUCACAAACAUGUCCCGCCAGGCAAUUACCGAUAUGAGGGCUAUUUCUUUAAAAGCACAAAUUCGACAAAGCUCAGCACUAAAAAGAACAAUCUGCAAGUUUUGCGACUCGCUGCUGGUGGAGGGACAGACAUCCCAUUCGUUCAUUCAGAAUCCUAGCAAAGGGGGCCGCAAGCCCUGGGCAGAUGUUCUCGUCAUCGAGUGCAAGACGUGUGGGAAUUCAAAAAGAUAUCUCGUCGAUGCGCCACGGCAAAUGCGCAAGGCCCUUCGCUUACGGAAACAUGAGGUCCUCACCGAUGAACAAGGCGGAGUGGCCCAGGAAGGAGAAGAGGUUACUUGA